GACAGAGUUAGGCUGAGGACAGUAUAAACUUUCUAGUCGUAGAAUUAAAGAAGACUGGGGGAACGGAAGUUUGAAACACAUCGAGAUAACUGUAUAAAUUCUCUGGAGAUGUCUGAAUUUAGUGAAUAAGCCCUAUUCUAAAAGAAAGAGCAGUUUUCAUGGUUCUGGGUGCAAUGGGCGAGGACGGACAGCGCCCAGAUUGCUCAAGGAUCGCGUACUUACCCUUCUCAAUCCAGCACCGAGUCUGCGGGUCAGACGGAAACACGUACGUCAGCCGCCAGCACCUACGUUAUGAGAACUGUGUCAACGACAGAGAUGUGAUUGUCCUGAAGGACGGUUGGUGUGACGAAGAAACAGAACUGGGAGAGCAGGUUAAGGAUGUUAUUCUAACAUUCGUUUCGGCGUUUGUCUCUGAGUUCAGGAAUGAACUACUAAAGGAGGGUGUUCCUGAGGCUGUGGUGGAAUUCUUAUCUCAGAUAGACGACGAUAAGUCAGAAGAGGAAAAUUCUGUAGAGAAUGGUAUUGAUAAUAAUGAAGUGUCGUCAUUCGUCAAUGUCCUUAGAAAGGAACUGGAUUUGUUGUCUGAACCAGGGGAAAAGAAAAAAUAAAAUAUUAAUGAUGUUUACGACAACAAUGUUUAAAACGCUGCGGAAGAAAAUAUUGGAACUACGUCAUUAUCAGAGACCAAUUAUAUUGUAUUUUUUUUUCCAACUCCAAUGAAACGUACUGAUAUUUGCAAAUUAUAUGUAUCCAUCUAAUGUCGUCAGCCCCAACAUAUUCUUAGCCCCGUGUAUAUGGAAUUAAUGAUUGGGCUUGUUACACGUUUACAGCAUUGGUAAUUAUUUUAAAAUGAGAAGAAUAUAUUAAAUUUAUAAUAACAUGCGCAAACAUGUAAAAGGAGACACGUUAAUGGAAUAAAACUCAUUGUUUUACGUAUA